UCCCUAGUGCCAAAAAAAAAGUGCUGAAGAGUCCUGGGGAGAUGAGGCUAUUUUUAUUCGAAGCUGAUACUUCUGCCUGAGCCACAAGUGUUGCUUGGAAAGGGCUCAGGUUGUUUCCAGGGGGAGAACUCUGCAGAGAAGAGACAAGUUCAAGAAGACAACAAAGGAGCAGCAGGAACAGCCAGGAAAACGAAGAGCCCUCACUUUUCACCCAGAACCCCCCCAGCAGAGUUCUUGAAUCCUAAAGUAUUCUGCAGAGUGCCGCUUGACCGGAACUUCUGGCUGCCUUUCCCCUCUGGAACCACCAUGACUGAGAUCACUGCUGAAGGAAAUGCAUCCACUACUACAACCGUUAUAGACAACAAAAAUGGAUCUGUGCCCAAAUCCCCUGGAAAGGUGCUGAAGAGGACAGUCACAGAAGACAUCGUGACCACAUUCAGCUCCCCGGCAGCCUGGCUUCUAGUCAUUGCUCUGAUAAUCACAUGGUCAGCUGUUGCCGUUGUUAUGUUUGAUUUAGUGGAUUACAAAAACUUUUCAGCAAGCUCUAUUUCCAAGAUUGGCUCAGAUCCUCUAAAAUUCGUACAUCAUGCUGUGGAGGAAACCACGGACUGGGUCUAUGGCUUCUUUUCUUUGUUGUCUGAUAUCAUCUUGUCCGAAGGUGAUGAAGAAGAUGAUGAUGAUGGGGAAGAGGACACUGAUAAAGGAGAAAUAGAAGAGCCUCCCUUGAAAAAAAAAGAAACACGCAAAGAAAAAACUGAAAAGGAGGAGAAACCUGAAAGGAAAAUUCAAACUAAAGUUACACACAGAGAAAGAGACAAAGUAAAAGAAAAAGAAAAACCUGAAAAGAAAGCAACUUACAAGGAAAAAAUUGAGAAAAAAGAAAAACCAGAAACAAAGACGGUGGCAAAAGAAGAGAAGAAAACUAAGACUAAGGAAAAGACUGAAGAAAAAACUAAAAAGGAACCGAAAGGUGGGAAACAGGAGAAAGUGAAGCAAACAGCUGCAAAAGUGAAAGAAGUACAGAAAACAUCACCGAAACCCAAAGGGAAGGAUGAGAAGGAGACCGUAGCUGAGUCCAAGCAUGAACAGAAAGGUAAACAUUCAGACCAGGAGGCUGGAGGUCCUAAGAGAAUAUUGGGCAAGAAGCAGAUGCAGUGA